GGAAGUAACUAUGAAGGAAAAUGAAGGGGAUUUUUUUUCUGUUGCAGACAACCGAUAAGCAGUAGAUAAAGAGACAAGACAACGAGCAUUCAAGCAAAACAUAAUUAUUUGAGAAAAAAAUCUGUUUUUGCAUCUCUAAACAUAACAAAUACAGGAAGAUGUGAAGGAGUUUAUUUCUAGUGAUAUGUUUAUAGACAAAUCUUGUGUAUGUCAAUAUGGAGAUGAACGGCAAGGACAAUUCUAACAACUCGGACACAGGUCAAAGUUCAUCCCAUUCUAAGUUUUCUGACUCUAGUAAAUUGAUAAAUAGUAACAAAACUCUCAGGGUUUCUCUGGUUAAACUGAAACUUGACAACCUUCCUCUCAAUGUAAAAUCGUCCACCAAUGUCACAGAAAGAAAACAAAAUGAUCAAAACACAACUGUGAGCCAAGAGUCUAAAGAUACCUUUUCCAAGAUUCCAAGAAAGCUAAAUUCCUGUAACAGAACAUUUAGAUAUAGAGCGACAGAAAAGCAGAGCAAAGUGACAUCUGAUAAUAUAACAGAAAAUUGUCAGGAUGCUAAUAGGGAAGUCAAUGAAAAAAGAAAUUUGACUGUUGAGCACACAAAAUGUCAAUCUGGUCAUCCUAAUAAUGAAACAGAACAUUUUAACACUGGUAAAAAUAAAUACACUGUUAAAAGUACAUGUAGUAGUGAUAUUGAAAAUACACUUACUUCUGGACUAUCACAAACUAGCAUUUAUACACACGACACUAAUAAUACCGACUCUAUUGCCAUUGGAGACAUAACACAUGAGCCAUCUGGUCACAGAGGACAGUCAGACACUAGUAUUCAUGGGGAUGAUACUAAUAAUACCAACUCUAUAGCCAUAGAAAACAUUACAAAUGAGGCUCUUGCCAAAGAAAGACCUGCAGAUGAAACUGAUACAGCUGACAAUGCUAAAGAAAACACAACACAUGAAACUGAUACAGCUAACAAUGCCAUAGAAAACACUACACAUGAAACCAAUAGAGCUGACAGUAAAGAAGAAAACACUACACAUGAAACUAAUUCAGCUAAUAGUGUCAAAGAAAACAGUGUACAUGAAACUAAUACAGCUGACAGUGCCAAAGACAACACUACACAUGAAACUUAUUCAACUGACAGUGCCAAAGAAAACACUACACAUGAAACUAAUACAGCUGACAUUGCACAAGACACUAAACAUGAAACUUAUUCAACUGACUCUGCCAAAGAAAACACUACACAUAAAACUUAUACUGCUGACAUUGCCAAAGAAAACACUACACAUGAAACUAAACCAGCUGACAGUGCCAUAGAAAACAUUACACAUGAAACUAAUUCAGCUAACAGUGCUGUAGAAAACACUACACAUGAAACAAAUAUAGCUGACAAUGCCAUAGAAAACACUACACAUGAAACUAAUACAGUUGACAGUGCCAUAGAAAACACUACACAUGAAACUAAUACAGUUGACAAUGCCAUAGAAAACACUUCACAUGAAACUAAUACAGCUGACAGUGCCAUAGAAAACACUACACAUGAAACUAAUUCAGCUGAUAGUGCCAUUGAAAACACUACUCAUGAAACUAAUAUAGCUGACAAUGCCAUCGAAAAUACUACACAUGAAACUAAUAUAGCUGACAAUGCCAUAGAAAACACUACACAUGAAACUAAUAUAGCUGACAAUGCCAAAGAAAACACUAUACAUGAAACUAAUAAAGCUGACAAUACCAUAGAAAACACUACACAUGAAACUAAUAUAGCUGACAAUGCCAUAGAAAACACUUCAUAUGAAACUAGUUCAGCUGACAAUGCCAUAGAAAACACUUUAUACGAAACUUGUUCAGCUGACAGUGCCAAAGAAAACACUACACAUAAAACUAAACCAGCUUACAGUGCUAUAAAAAACACUACACAUGAAACUAAUACAGCUGACAGUGCCAUAGAAAACACUACACAUGAAACUAAUUCAGCUUAUAGUGGCAUAGAAAACACUACACAUGAAACUAAUAUAGCUGACAGCGACAAAGAAAACAAUUCAUAUAAAACUAGUUCAGCUGACAGUGCAAAAGAAAACACUACACAUGAAACUUUUUCAGAGAAUAGUGCAAAUGAAAAUACAACACAUGAGUUUGUAAAAGACCUCAGAAUUGAUCAUUUGACUUCUGAUAACUAUCAAACAGACAAUUGUGUAAAUAACACAGAACUAAAAUUUGGCAAUAAUAUAAAUGGGUUAAAAAAAAGAAAAAUGAGAAAAUCUAGAUGGGAUGUGGUCACACCUCUAUUUAAUGCAGUGAAUGUAAACAAAGAAGGAAUUGUAGUCAACAGUGAUGCUGGAAUAAGGGGAAAUCCAGAUAAUAAUUUACUCCAGUAUACUGGAAACAAUGACCUAGAAAGCCCGAAUAACUCCAAUGACAAUAUCAAUGAGCCAAAGAAAAUGAGGAUAUCAAGAUGGGAUACAGUAGUGCCUCCUGAGCCUCACAAAAAUUGCAUUGAAAUAAAUGUGGCACUCAGCUCAAACAAAUUUUCACACCAAUCAUUUCAAAAUGGAAAAAUCAGGAAGUCGAGGUGGGACACGGUUGAAACAACAUCUGGUCUGAAUAUAAACAACAAUAAGGAUAGAACAGCGAGCUUUGACCUAUCUGAUCCAAACAUGAACACCAAUAAGGAUGGAACAUCCAGUAAUGAUGACACACAGAAACAGCUAGAAACAGCUGGCAGUGUCAGGAAAGGACAAUCAAACACUAAAACCAGUUCAAUUGAUUCUAAAACAACUAGCAAUGAUGGAAAGCAGAGAAAAUCAAGUUCAGAGAAUGUUACAGCUUUAUCUGAUUUUUACAGAAGCCUUUUUGAUAGAGAUGGAAAAAUAAGAAAUGAUAAAAAAUUACAUGAAGUUGAAAAUAAGAAAAGAAAGCAGCAUUCCUUUGCAAAUUCACAUGUACCUGCAAAGAUUUCCAAUCACAAAGAAAGAAAGUUGGACACUCAUUACAAGAAAAGUAAAUUGAACACUCAAAAUAGUUCACUCCAUACUGGUAAAAGUAAAAACCAUGAACACAAAAAGGAUACUACUCGUCAGAAUAUUAAGGAUGAAAAAGCAAACAUCAAAAAAGAAAAAAGGUUUUCCACAAACCAUGGCAAGAUUAAUGGUACAGACAGAGAAAAGUCCAUCACAAUAGUAAGUCACAGAAUGAGUGGGACUAUUAUUCCAAUGAAGUGCAACGUAUGUUCCAAAGUAAUAAAAAAUAUUGAUAAGUUGAAAAUGCAUAUAGAUAAACAUAUUGGACAGAACCUUAAAACAUGUACAUCUGCUGAGAAAUCAUUUUUACCUGAAACAAAGAAAGAACCAAACAAGUCAAGGGUCAUAUUUAAAUGUGAGAUUUGUGAGAAACAGUUUAAAAAACGUGGAAAUGUAAUGAUGACAUCCAAAAAGACCGCUGAUAGUGGUCUAAAAUAUAAAUGUUUUUCAUGUCACAAUUCUGGGAAAAAACGUAAUGAUGGUUCAUCAAAGCUAUCUGUUAACAACAAGAAAACAUCAUUAUCAGUAGAUAAAGAAAAAACUGUAGUAAAAAACAAUGGACCAAAAGUAUCAAUUGAUACAAGUAAAGAAAAUUCAGCCAUUCAAGGAUAUCAGGUGGAAGAUAAAAUACCUAGCCAUUCAGGUAAAAUCCUCAGUAGCAAAAAUUUAACAGAACCUGUCAAAGAUUAUGGACCAAAUCUUCCCUGUGAAACUGCAUCAACCAAAGUUAAUGGACCAGAUAUUUCCUGUCAAACAACACCUGUUCAAGAUAAAAAACAAGAAGUUUUGCACACUUGCGAACUAUGUGGAAAAAACUUUAAAUCGAAAUCAAAACUAAAUUCACAUGAAAAAAUUCACACUGGAGAAUUAGAUUUUUUUUGUAAGACUUGUGGAAAAUACUUUCAUUUUUAUGAUGAUUUGGUAGUGCAUGAAAUAACUCAUAGUGACAUAUAUCCAUUUGAAUGUGGGGUGUGUGGUAAAAAGUUCAAAACUCCAGAAAGUGUUUCUCGUCAUUUAUGGACACACACUGCACGCAGGCCUUUUAAAUGUUCAUUUUGUGAUAAAUCUUUUGCUACAUUUAUUAACAGGAGAAACCAUGAGUUGAUUCAUACAGGAGAUCGACCUCACAAAUGUCAUAUGUGUGACAAAGCAUUCCGACAAAGGUCUGUAUUAGUUCGACACACCAGGUGGCAUAAUAAUGAGUAUCAGUACAAGUGUGAUCAGUGUGAAAGAGGGUUCUUUUCCACAGGUGAACUUAAAGUUCAUAUAACAAGAGUGCAUCAUCCUGAGAGAAAAAAAUUUGCAUGUGAAACAUGUGGAAAAAAAUUCACUCAUAAUAAAGAUUUGGAGAUGCAUUCAGUUACGCAUACCAAAGUAAAAGCAUUUGAUUGUCCAUUGUGUGAUAAGAAGUAUGCUCGUGCUUAUAAAUUGAAACUUCAUAUGGAGAUUUUUCAUAGAGGAAUAAAAAGAUACACUUGUGAUGUCUGUGAAAAAAAGUUUGGUAGAAAAUGCGAAUUGGACAACCAUUAUAAAUCUCAUACGAAGGAAAAACCGCAUAAAUGUAGCAUUUGUGGACAAACAUUCUCUAGAUUAAACAAUUUGAAAUUCCAUAUGGAAAUUCAUGAUGACAAAGUGCACACAUGUGAUGAAUGUGGUAAACUGUUCCAGACAAGUAGGAAUUUAUAUCAACAUAAAAGAAUGCAUAAGAAACAAAAAUUACCAAAAGAAUAUAAGUAUUCUUGCUCAAUUUGCAACAAAAGAUUUAGAAGUUUACAUGGUAAAAAAUCACAUAUUAUGAUACACACAGGAGUUAGGCCAUUUGCUUGUAAUCUUUGCGACAAGCGGUAUACAAGCAGCAAUAGUUUAAAGGAUCAUAAACUCUCUGAACACACUAAACUAAGACCACAUAAAUGUGAUAUAUGUGAGAAAACUUUCGUAAGGAAACAAACGUUAAUUGCACAUAAGAAGGUACAUAUAGGAGCAAAAACAUUUGAAUGUAAACAUUGUGGCAUAAAAUAUACUGAAAAAUCUAGUUUAAAGAGGCAUAAUAAAAAUCUGUGCAAAAAACUAAAUCAAAAAGGAUCAAAUGAGAACAAAAAUUCUGAUACCAAUAAAGGAAAAAUAUCUACCAUAAAUGGAAAAGCUUCAGCAGAUAUCAGAGAGACACCAACAGUUCUUACUGAUACAUCAGAUAAUUUGAGUGAGACACAAAAAGAACUCACUGAGAUACCAGAAAAUAUCAAUGAGACUCAAAAAGAUAGCAAUGCCAAUGAGACACAAAGAUAUUAGUGAGACAACAGAAAAUAUCAGUGAGAAACCAAAGGAUAUUAGUGAGACACAAAAUGAUAUGAGUGAGACACAAAAUGAUAUAAAUGAGACGCAAAAUGAUAUGGAUGAGACACAAAUGGAUAUAUGUGAGACAUAAAAGAAUAUAUGUGAGACACAAAAGGAUAUAUGUGAGACACAAAAGGAUAUGUGAAAUGUAAAAGGAUAUUAGAAGGAGACACAAAAGGAUAUAUAUGUGAGACGUAAAAGUAUAUUAGAAGGAGACACAAAAGGAUAUAUAUAUAUAUAUAUAUAUAUAUAUAUGUGAAACGUAAAAGGGUAUUAGAAGGAGACACAAAAUGAUAUAUAUGUGAGACACAAAUGGAAUUAAUGGAUAUAUGUGAGACAUAACAGGAUAUAUGAGACUCAAAAGGAUAUAUGUGAGACACAGAAGGAUAUAUGUAAGACACAAAAUGAUGUACAUGUAUGUAAGACACAAAGGGAUUAUAUUGAUAAACAAAAUGAUAUUCGUGAGACUGAAGACAAUAUUUCUGAGACAUGACCAAAUAUUAGUAAGACAACAAUAAAAUCUGUUUGACACAAACUGAUAUAAGUCUGAUUCCACUUACCUUGAGGGGGUUUGUGUUGCUCAGUCUUUAAUUUUUAUACGUCCGUUUACGGGACGUAUUAUGUUAUACCGUUGUCCGUCUGUCUGUCCGUCCGUCGUCAACAUGUCGGACAUUAACUCAAAAAAGCUUUAACCAAUUUGCAUAAAACUGUGAAUUGUUUAUAUCUAUUGACGUGAGCUCCCUUUUGUUUUUUAUAAAUUUUAGAUUUUACGUUUCCGAAUUAUGGGGUUUUAUUCAUUAAAAAAAGGGGGAUUUUCCAGUUUUUGGACAAUAACUCAAGAAUGCUUUCACCAACUUGCAAGAAAUUGUGGUGAAUUGUUUAUAUCUAUUGACAUGAGCUCCCUUUUGAUUUUUACAUAUUUUAGAUUUUAUGUUUCCGAGUUGCAGGGUUUUAUUCAUUAAAAAAGGGGGAUUUUCCAGUUUUCGGACAAAAAAAUCAAAAAUGCUUUCAGCAGUUCUUAUGAAACUUUGGUGAAUUGUUUAUAUUAAUUGAUGUAAGCUCCUUUUAGAAUUUCAUAAAUUUUACAUUUUACAUUUCUGAGUUAUGGGGUUUUUUAUUCAUUAAAAAAGGUGGCAUUUUCCAGUUUUCGGACAAUAACUCAAAAAUGCUGUCAGCAAUUUUCAUGAAACUUUGGUGAAUUGUUUAUACCUA